CAAAUAAUUGAAUCAAACGCACACCAAUUUGAGCAGAAAUUUUAGAAAUUUCUGCUUGGAAAUGUCUAAAAAUCACAGAGCGAAAUAAAACUUGACCGAGAAUACACUUGCCUUUGAAAAAACUGCAAAUUCACCAACGCUGAAAAUGAACGCAAUGCUGAGCGUGCCCGUAUGCUAGAGCAGCAGCACUAUAAUAUGCUAUGGUGGGUUUUUAUACGGCAUUCAUAUGCUGCCACGUCUUGUCCACAAGCGAGGCCGGUGUGUUGAAUUUAGAGAUGAUAACAAGCGUGACAUGCUAGAUAUUCCAAUCGAUUUACAGAAUGUUUUAUCCAAAAACUCCAUUUUAUGGCAAAGGGUUACUACUAGAAAAUGGAAUUCUUAAAGUAAACUCCCACGAAUUGGACAAACUAUUAUCAUGGCUCUGCAAGACACCCCGCAUUACAACAUAUCGCAUCAACACACUACGCACCAGUGUGGCGGACUACAAACUGAAAUUGGAAACCAAAUUAAGCGCGCUUUAUGGUUCGUCAGCUCCUCUAGUUUAUGGGUUGAAGGAAAUACCUGAAAUGCUGUGCAUUUCACCUUUGGAUACAACAACGGAUAAUAAAUAUGAUGACUGCCGCAAGGAGCUUAUUGUUGACACCAGUUGCGGCGCUGCGGUAUUGCGUGGCGCACACAUUUAUGCUCCUGGCGUGUUGGCCAUGGAAUCUGGCACUCAGCUUCAUGAACUUGUAAAUGUGUUUGCCGAUUUGCCAGGCAAAUGUAAGCGGGGCACAUCAACGCGCUACGACUGCAAUGAGAAGAUCUUCAUAGGUGUGGGUGAGGUGCUCAUGCAACGCCAUCAGCUGUACAACAACAAGGAACAACCAGCUUCGGGAAUUGCUGUGCGCAUGCAAACGAAUGUGAGUGGAGUUCCCACAUUGGGAGAUCUAAGUGAUGGUGAUGCACUGCUCCAGAACUUGCCCUCGAUGGUAUGUGUAAGGGUGCUAGAUCCCCAGCCGGGUGAACGCAUUCUUGAUAUGUGCGCGGCACCAGGCAACAAAACAACACACAUGGCCGAACUGAUAUGCAACAGAGGCACCAUAAUUGCCCUGGAUAACUCAGCGAGUCGUGUGCGCUCCAUGACAGAGAAGCUUGCCAAUUACACUUGCAUUACGGCGCAUCAAUUUGAUGCUACAAAAGCAUGGGAUGACAACAAUGAUAUAGAUUCAAUAGCUCCGCCAUUUGCAUCCGGUAGUUUUGAUCGCAUACUAUUGGAUGCUCCCUGCAGUGGAUUGGGAAAUCGCCCGCAGCUCUGGCUCCGUCCUGGUGGCAUCCUUGUCUACAGCACCUGCACCGUGACCGAGGCUGAAUGUGAGGAGAUCGUGUCCUGGGCUUUGCGCAAAUACACUGAACUGCAGCUAGUGGAUGCGACACCGAAACUGGGUGCACCUGGUCUACCAUUGCCAGAUUUGGAAGCUGCUCAGUGCGACCUUCUGCAGCGCUUUGGGCCAAGUCGUGAGAAUCGUAUGCAAAACUUGGAUACUGUCGGCUUCUUUAUAGCCAAAUUUCAGAAGACUUCAGAUUAAGCCAGAGC